UUUUUAUAUUCGUUUUUGUGGCCAGUCGGAGCGAGAGGCUAGGCGAGGGCCGGGGUGCCGAGAGAAAAUUAAAUACUAAAGAUAAAAAUAAUAAACUAUAAAAAACAACAAGAGACUCGCCAGUUGCAUCGAAGAGCGACAGAGAGAGGCUGUCUGAGUGAAACAGACUGAGAGUAAUUGAGUUAGCGAGGGUAGCAGCAGCGUUGGAUCAAGUGUACACAUCCUCGGCCAUGAACUCAAACAUGGAGAACCUGCCCCCCCAUGUCAUCCGGCUGGUGUACAAGGAGGUGUCCUCCCUUGCUGCCGACCCCCCCGAGGGGGUGAAGAUCUACCCCAACGAGGAGGACCUGAGCGACCUGCAUGCCUCCAUCGAGGGACCAGAGGGAACCCCAUUUGCGGGGGGCGUGUUCCGGAUGCGCCUGGUCCUAGGGAAGGAUUUCCCCGCUGCGCCACCAAAGGGCUACUUCCUGACCAAGAUCUUCCAUCCGAACGUGGGUCCGAGCGGAGAGAUCUGUGUGAAUGUGCUGAAGAGGGACUGGAAACCGGAGCUGGGCAUCAGACACGUUUUACUGACUAUCCGGUGUCUGCUAAUCCAUCCGAACCCAGAGUCGGCUCUGAACCCAGAGGCCGGGCGUUUGCUGUUGGAGGGGUAUUCCGCCUUCGCAUCGCGGGCCCGUCUGCUCACUGAGAUCCAUGCACUUGGGGGGGCUGAGGGGGGUGGCCCCCCGCAGCCCAAGAAGCACGCCGGCGAGAGGGGAGGCCGGGGAGGGAGCGGGGGGGGCAGCGGUAAGAAGAAAGGUGGGGAGAAGAAACGAGCGCUUCGCAGACUGUGAGAGGGGGGACAGGACGAGGGAUCCCAAACCAGCACCCUGCACCCCCCACACCGGACUACUGCACCCCAUUACUGAUUCAGCUCAACAAUGAUGCAGGACUGGUUAGUAUCACAGCUCCCAAAGGACUACAGCUCCCAUCAGCCCUCACUUUUACUGCCAGUGCAGAGGCAUGCUGGGAGCUGGAGUUUUUAUUCAGAUUCUGUCUCUAGCAGUGUUUUACAGUGUAAACCGAUUCAGCAGCCAACAUGUUCUUUCACUGUUUGAACAGUUUUUACUCUGACUCUCCUGACCAGCAGUGUUACCAAUGUAAAUGGCAACCUCUCCUAUCCACCUGUCUAAAGAACUACAUAUUCCAUCAGCCCUCACUGUUCCUGCUGGUGCAGAGGCAUGCUGGGAGUUGUAGUUUUAGUGCUGUUAAACUGGUCAAGGCUACUUUUAAAAUCUGUUACCUCAUUAGCAAAAAGCAACACCAUCAAUGCUGCCUUAGAGGCAUGAGGAUGGGUUUUAAAGAUGGUCAGCACUCUUUAAAGGACAGUGAUCCUUUCACUAAAGCUGAUUCUAACCUGUCGCAGGGUGCAGCAUUGUAACGAACGCCCGCUUGUUUCUCUCCUCUCACUGUAAAUGUUUGUAAAUAAACAGAAGACUAAUCUA